CGAAUUACAUUUUCUUACAAAAUAAAGACCCUAUCCAGGGACUGUUUAACAUUCAGCAUCCCAUCCAGAACAUGUACAGAAUCACUUCUACAUGGCUGUUCCCUAUAUCAUAUAUUUCAGAAAAGCUUCAAUCCUAAAUGGAUGCACCAUGAGUACAGGAGGAUGAAGACUGGGUGUGGGAGGUCGAGAAAGAGGGAGGAGAAGCUGAAAAUAGAGGGAUGGACAUCAUCAGCAGUGAGCUGACUUUUUAGGGCUUAGUAAAAAAAAAAAAACAGUCAGUAUAACUCCGCAGGGAGGGAACUCUCUUUCACUCUUACUUUCCUCUCAAUCUCCCCUUUGUCUCUGUCUUCUGCACUGUUUUGCUGUUCAGAAGAUUAACCCGGGAUAACACAUUCUGACAGAGAAGAUGAUGUCCCGUUUGGUUUUUCUCAUCACCUGUGUGACCCUGCUCUCGCUUUCUCACGCCACUCCUCUGUUCUACAACACAUCCAUGGACGGCAGUGGUGAUGAAGCGGAGCUAGAGCUCAUUUUUCCAACCUCUUUCUCCACUCGAGCACCUGUUCACAUCUCCCCUACUACUGGAGCUCCCACCCUUACCAACACCAUCACCAACACCAUCACCACCACUAUGAUACGCCUGAAGGACUUCGUCUUUACCCGAGUAGUGGACUUCCUGCAGGAUAAUCUGCUCAUCAUCAUCGUCGUGACCUCUCUUCUCAUCGUCAUGGUCUUCAUCAUCUGCUGUGCCUCUGCCAUGAGUCAUAAGAGCAAACUGGAGGCCUACAAACCCCCUCCUCCUCCAAACAAGAAGUCUUCGGCUGAUAAAACAGGCGGAAGCAAAAGUUCCAGCGAGAUCCAGGAGAGACCGUACGCCGUCGACCACGUGAAGAGGGUCCAGACUCAGAGCAUGGCCUCCCCCAAACACCUCCGCGUGCCCUCCAAGGCUCUGGUGGGAGAGGCUGGUAGAGACGUCAGGUCGUCGCCUCGCCAGGACGUCAGAAAGGUCAGGGAGGCAGAGGAGGUGGAAAAGCGGAGAGAGGAGCCCAAGCACAAAGAGCAGACCAAGCACAGGGAGGAGGUGCAGCCGAGUCCCAGCACAAGCUCCGCUCAUCCAGUGUGCACCUGCCACCUGAAAAAGGCCCACCACUAGGCCAUGUUCAAGCCUGGUAUGGGCUUAAGAGGGAAAACGUUGCAACAAUGCAAAAACAAAAUCAGAAAAGUCGGUUAUACUGCACACAUUAUGGGAUUCAAAUCUAAAACAACUGCCAAAGAGAUAAUGUAAUUGUGAGGCUCAUGCCCUUAUACGGAAAAAUAGAUAAAUCUAAAUGUUCAUGGAAAUAUGAAGUAACACCUGAUGUAAAAAUGAAAAUGAUAGA